AAAGGAUUUCCACAUCCUGCGCUUCCGCAAGUGAGGUUUAUUCGAAAUGGUUUGCGGCUUUUGGCCAUCGACUGUAUGCUUCAGCCACUGGUCGCAUGGGGCGGCCUAUAUAUAUAUAUAUAUAUAUAUGUGAGGGGGCAUUGUGCAUGGCAGCAGCCGCUGCUAUGUGGUUCUUGUGGAAAAAAUGUUUCCCCCGCAGUGUGACCAAUGCUGCCCAAUGCCUGCCGCAAGAUCUGUCGCAACAGCCAGGACACAAUAUAUCAGAUCUUUGCUGAACCUUUGUUUCGUAUAUAUCGGUGGUGAUAUUUACCGCUCAGGCGUUGUUGACCUGGUAUUUGCUGCAGAGACUUUUCUUUUCACAAGAGGCAGGAGACUGUGAUAGUCCACAGAACAACGUUGACAUGAGCGCAACUGGCUACCUCAAGUCGUUCCUGUCAAGUUUCUUGGUACAAUUGCUCGCAGUGUCUCAGAUGGGCCUGGCAUUUGAUACCGAGCUGGAGUGUUGGGAAACCGUUCUGAAGGGAAGAUUUCAAUGGCAGCCGGAAGGAGCCGAAGACUGGGAGUACGGUCCAAGCCCCUGGGAGCUGGAAAUUCGUUGCUUCAUUUCUUUGAUCGCCAACCAAGUGUUUUUUUGGAUCCUCGUGUGGUCGAUUCCAAUACGACUGGCCAAUGCGGCCCCCAUGGACUUUGUGAAAGACAGCUUCGCGAUCAUUUUCAUCGCGAUAUUGGAUGACUUGGACCAAGACAUGGUCUUCAAGAUUAUCUAUAUGUUGUGACUCCAAUCACUAUUCUUGGAUGGCAGCCCAGAAGGACCAGGUGAAAUUGCUGACGAAGAUCGCUCCCAAUGCCACCCCAACACUUAGUGGUUGGACAUCAAUCAGAGAAUUAGCGCCUGAUUCCUCCAAAGAUGGCGACUGACUGUAUAGUGAGCUUGAAGUGACAAGCGAAUUCCUCGAUUUCUAAACUACAGUACCCGCCUGUAACUUGAAAUGAUUCAUGACCGUGGAAAUCCACAGUCUAUCUAUUAACGUCUCACUGCCAAGAUGGCGACUGACUAUA